CACGGUUUUAUGAUCGAUCUUAUGUCACGCCUCUCCCACUCCAAACCUACCCACAGCAUCUGGUGUUCACAGUUGUCGCGGAGCAUGACCGACUAAGAGAAUAUUUUCUGUGGCCGUAUUGUCACCUUUUCGUCCAUACGGCUUCUAUUGCGACCGGUGUCUGCGCUUUUGCCCAGACCAUUCGGUGGACAACAGCCAUUUUCCUAGAAGAAGUGGUCCGUCCGGAAGCCGAACUUCUGCUGGGACGAUUUCAGCAAUUGAAAGUUCCUCCAACUCGCCUUGUCUCUGCCGCGAUCCUCGCAUCAGCAUCAGAUUUGAUCUGUCGGAGACCUUUGUUUGAGGCAUCCGCUCAGUCCACCGCAGCCAAACGCUACCUCCGAACCCGAAUAUCAUUCUUGAAUCGAUGGAGCCUUUUAGGUCGUGCUCUGCAGGCUCUCUUUAUGGGCAGGACACUGUGUGAGGACGUGAACAGGAAGACCGAAGCAUCAGCUUUCAAUCAUACAAUCCACAUUCAUUACCAUUCCUCAGCUUGGUAGCCUUGCUUCUCACGCUGUUGGAUACGACGAGACGAAUCUCCUUGGGCAUUAUGGCGUCUCCUCAGGUUGGCUCGGUUCUGGCGAAAUUGUCGUUUGCAAAGGUUGCAGCAAUGCGUCCGCCUACUGUCCAGAAUACAAGCCCCAACGCUUCUGAUGAGGCAAAAGCACGUCGUUCUGAGAAUCCCAAUCCGCACACACCUGCAGCAGUCGGUAGUCAACGCCCUACAGUCGCGUCAAAACAGCUAGCUGGGCCUGCGAUUGGCGGGCGAGAAGAACGCACCCAGUCCGAAUAUGUGACAAAUGCGAUCAAAGGCCUAUCAUUAGGCAAGAAUGCAGAAGUACCGCCCAGCGGGCCACAAAGUGCGGAAAGCGGAGAUUCGCUGUGGGAUGAUCAGUCCCACCUCUCAAAUUCCUCCCUGAAGCAGCAGAGCUUCGAUACCAAGAGCAUGGCCUCAGUGACAACAUUUGCUAUGGACGAGAAAGAGAGCAUCCGUCCCGAUGACAGUGCAAGUGUUCGAGCGGCAGAGGACGAUGAUAGUCUUGGUGCACAAACAAGAGAAUUGAGCUCUCAUCGUAGUCAGGAACCCGCAAUGUUAGCCUCACAGACAGCGUCCAGGCCUAAUACUUCCGGUGUCACAAUGGCCGUUCGUCGAUAUACCACGCUGACCCUGACAAAUCCGCCACGUUUUGGAGAUCUACCUGUUGCAUCUACUGUCUCAGAAGAGGCUACACAACAGCCGCGGACAGAUAAUCUGAUUGCACGGUCCCCAAUUCCACAUGAUCCCGGUUCAGCAUUCCCCGUUGCACCUGAUGAGAAGUUGAUCGACGCGCUCGCAAAUCCGAAGGACAGACUGCCUCUUCUGCAGCUGGAAGAGAAAUUUCUUGGCUUCAUUUCUAACUCCGGGAGCGAUUUUCUUGACCUGCCUCCACAAAACGCUUUUGCCAGACUACUCUCGCACAAACUGGCGGAUUACUAUUCUCUUGCUCAUCACAUCAACGAAGAUGGCACUUCAAUUCGCCUGUUCCGGACCCCUUGCCAGACACGGCCCACCCCUUUGCAUGUCUUGGCUCAAUCGAUUCCCACGGGGCCACCGCAGGCACCUGCGGCAGCAGCAGUGAAGAUCAUGCGCAGAGCAGGCCUUGGCGCACGCCAAGGUUCUGCCGGAGGAAGCACUGCAGGAAGCUCCUCUGUUCCGUCGAAAGCGACAUCCGAGGCUGGGGUCGAUGCGAACGUCGAAGAAGGCCUUCUAUCUGCUGUGGAAGGGAUGCCGAGCAAAGACAAGUCCAAACUCACCAGAGAAGAGCGGGAAGCUCAGUACAAAGCCGCGAGAGAGAGGAUAUUCGGCGAUUUCCAGGAGUCUGUCACUAGCGAAAGUGCCUCAACGGGCGACAAUUCGGCCAGCAUGUCUCGGUCGAGCUCUUCCAGUGGUAAGAGAAAACCACGAAAGCACAAGACACCGAAGGACGACAGCUUCGAGGCGCGCUCGGCAUUCAUUCCCAGCUAUCCCCCCAUGCACUUGCAGCACGUGCAAUCUCAAUAUCAGCCUCAGUAUGCAGAGCACUCAUACCAAGCACCAUAUCAAGGCCCUCCUGCUGGCUUCGGCGCUGGCAUGACUUACGGAACCACUCCCACUCAGGCAUACCCCGGUCUUGAUCCGUCUAUGCAGUACAGUGCCAACAUUGGCUACGGACCUAGCAGCAACCAUCAGUUUAAUCCUGCGGACUCAUGGUCGUCCAUGCAGUCGCCCGGCCCUACGGACUAUCUCAAUUACUCGGCGGCUGCAAACGGCUAUCAGCAGAAUGCUGCUGCGCAAAUGCUGCCUCAGAUGAACGGCCAGUAUAUGCCGCCGACCAACCCGGGCAUGCAGCAACCUCAAAAUUGGAUGAAUGGUGGCCAGUAUCAAGCUCCUUACCAGCAAUCUCCAGGCAUGAACGGACAAGGCAUGAACGGUUGGUCAAGCUAUGCGUCCAAUAACGCUCCACCCAUUGGACAGCAUGCAGCCUCUUACGGCUACGGACAACUAUCUGGUCAGCCCUACGGUGGCGGGAACUUAUCUUUCAACCCUCAACAACCCGCCUUGGGCGGUUAUUCGAGGUCACUGUUUAACCCACAGACCCGCUCCUUUGUACCCAGCAACGCCCUUGGUCGGACUGGUGGCCGCAACAGCAAGAAGAAACCAUCACCUUCGUCGAGCCAGAGUCGAGGCAACAACAACAACAAUGCUAAUGCUUCGAAGUCUUUUUCCACGAACUUGAACACCGACCCUGCGUUGUCCCCGCCACGCCGCUUCGAUAAAGGACCAGCCAACAACAACCCCUCAUCGUCAUCUAACCCGCAAUUGCAAACAGACUCACUGCAGCAAAAGUACGGCGCCCCAUCUCACCUCCCCAAAAAGCCGCCGCCGUCGGCACACCCGCGCGUCGCAUACGAUGGUGAUAACAUCGCCAGCACGAUGUCAAGUACCGGAUCUGGUGUCGUAAGUGGCGCCGGCGCUGGCGCUGAAGGGGCCGACGGUGAGACUACUGCAGCCUCGUCUGCGUAGGACGUCCUGGCGCCCUAUGGUAAUCAACAGUGUCUACCAUAGGCAAGAAGUCGCUCAAGGCGGAGUUGGGCUUGAACUUGAAGCAGAGGCUUCAGGACAAAAAGUCAUUUGUACGAAUCCCAAUUUGACAUUUUCUUGUUUCUCGUGUAGGCAGAUGAGCAUGAGCAGAGGAGUGCAGGCAAAUCGGGGCUUGGACACAGCAUUACCAGGAUCGGUAAGGGGAUCUGAUGACUCCUCUUUGCAUGGGCCCGGGGAACAGGCGAAGACAAAAAGAUCGAUCGAUCCCCCCAAAAAGGAUCGGAGUACUAUUCACUGAUACGAAGGCGUUAAAUACUUUUUUUCUGCUAAUUCCCAAAAUGAAGAAAAAUUAAUCAUG